GCAGGCGGUGUAGGCAGUAUGACGGGCCGGGAGGAGGGCGCGGAGGCGCGGGGCAGCAGGGGCGGCGAGAAGGCGGCGCGGCCGGGCUGUCCCGGGCUGCGCGCCAAGGGCUUCGCCAUCACGGACCUGCUGGGGCUGGAGGCCGAGCUGCAGCCGCCCCCUGCGGCGGGCGCCCCGGCGGGCGCGGGAGGGCGGGCGGCGCUGGGCGGCGGCGCCCUGCCGCUGGGGCUGGGCUUCCUGUGCGGCUUGGCGCAGCCGCCCGCCGGGGCGCCCUGCCUGCUGCCCGCCCGCCUGCCCCUGCUGCCCCGUGCCGAGCCGCCGCCGCCGCCAGGCCCCGCCGCCCGCCCGCCGGCCGCGCUCUCGGAUGAGGACAGUCUGUGCGGGGACAGGAGCGACCUGAAAGCCUCCGCGUCGCAGAUCAAGAGGAAGAAGCGGCGGCAUAGGACAGUGUUUACGGCUCACCAGCUGGAGGAAUUGGAGAAGGCUUUCAACGAAGCUCAUUACCCAGAUGUAUAUGCCCGGGAAAUGCUAGCAAUGAAAACUGAGCUCCCAGAGGACAGGAUACAGGAGGCUUCCAUUGAAAUCACUAGAAGUUUUGUGAAUGGAACACUGGCAGAACAACACAUGGUACCAGGAAUGGGGUGUGAAGAAAGACAGAAUAAAAGGAGCAUCUCAGAAUUCCAGAGGAGUUUAAUCUGUCCAGCAAUGCAGCAGAAAAAUGAAAGAAAUUUAAGUAGACCUUCACCAUAUACACAAUGGCCAGUGGAGCUACAGAGAAGGAAGAUCCACUCCAAGGUAUCUAUUAUUUUUAAAUAUAGCAGGCCCAGAAACUCUAUCUCUUUAUAGUAGCCUACAAUGGUAAAAAGCAGAACAGAAAAGCUAUGGCAUAGUAAUAAAUAAAUUAAAAAAAAAAAAGUUUCAGUAAUAUUAUACCCAAACAAAAUGAACCUUUGAACAAUAUAAUUUCCACAUGAGUCAGCAGAAAGAAUGUGACACAACAGAGGAGUUUGUUAAAGACCUCCAAAGCUGCAUAUCUGGUUCAGUACUCUGAGACCUAAAAGAUGCCAUGAUCAGAGGCCAAAUAGUAUUGGGUAUAAGAGAGAUGAGCCUCAGGAAAAGACUGCUAGAGGAUCUUGAGCUUAAUUUGGAAAAGGCAGUUAGAAUAUGCCAAGUGUCUGAGAUCACAAAUGCCAGGCGGCAGAAACUGGAGGAACCAUGCAAGAAACUCAUUCUUCUGAGGCUUGGACAAUCACCCUGGAUACCAAUGGACUAAUGGUAACUUUUUAAAUUAGAUGCAGUGUAAUUUCAGAAUACAUUAUUCAAAAAUGAAAACUAAACCUGUGUACUAUGAGAAUAAGAAACUAAGACUUAGAGCAUAUAAUGGGAAUAUGAUUACAACCGUGGGUGUUUGUGCAUUGCAUAAUAAUUACAAGGGUAAUAUAGUAAAAUUAAGUUUGUAACAGUCCUGGGAAAGCUGCUGUCAAUUAUUGGGUUGCGAAUGUGUAAAACUCUAGGUUUGAUUAAGGAAAUGCAUGCCAUUGAGGGACUAGAAAGCAAGAACAUGAAACGCAUCAUAAAACUCUUCUUCCAAGGCAUAGGGAAACUGUCAAAUGAGUACAAGAUAAAAUGAAAAGAACCUAAUACUCCCACCAUACAUGCUCCAAGAAGUGUUCCCCUUUUACCAAGGAAGAAACUGAAAAAGGAAUGAGAUUAAUUAACAUGGACAUAAUAAAAAAAAAAAGUAGAGCAACCAACUGCUUGGGUUCAUUCACUGGUCCUAAUAGGAAAAAAAGAUGGAUGCUUGAGAUUGGGUCUGGAUCCUAAGCAAAUUAAUAGGUACAUCAAAAGGGAGUAUUUUCCCCUUCCCACCAGGGAAAAUGUUUUUGGCAACAUGGCAGAAGCUAAAUAUUUAUCUGCUUUGGGUGCCUCUUCUGGGUUUUGGCUAGUGCCCUGUACCAGGGAACCCUAGCCCUGUCACCAGAAGACAGGGUGGCCCCUUUAAGACCCAGAUCUUCAAAGCACAGCCUACCAGCAGGGCAAGGGUUAAGGGCAAAGCCCUGUAGGCUGGUCAGCUGAAUAUGCUUAUUGUGCGACUUAAAGAGGGUCUAGGGCCAGAACUAUAUAAGCCCUGAUCUGAGCAAGCCUUGGGAGGAGAGACUGAGAUAGAUGGUGGACUCCAGCAAGUUUCAAGCAAAGCUGCAGCAGCUCAACAAGUGAGAGCAUCUGGCAGUGGAGACACUGAGACAGGAGCCCAUGAAAAGAAAGCAAUUAAGAAGGCUAACUGACACCAUUAAUAUGUUACGGGUGUUUUAUCUUAUUGUUUUAUAGCCCAGGGGCUUUAGUAUUUAUGUUUAUAGUUUAAGACUGGUGGUUUGUGGCUGAGGCUGUAGGGGAGGUAGAGGCCUCAUUAGUGUCCACAGGGUGCAGCUGCAGAGGGGCCAAAGAGCCCAGUGUCAGAGGGGCGCAAGCCAGAAGGGGCUGGAAAGCCCAGUGCCAGAGUUGUGCAGUAGACAAGGUUCAGGGGCCCAGUAAUAAGUAGUGUAUUAAAGAGCUAGAGUCUCAGAGUUGGACCCUACCUAGUGGGUCUAGGCUGGUGGACCUAGCUAAAGAGAAAGGGGUAGAAGCUGAGUAGGCUGAAGCCCCAACAGAGGCAUAUAGAUAACACCUGCAAGGCAUAGGGCACGUUAAGGGAAGGCUGGAGCAUGCAAUUAGCCCUUAAGGCAAGAGCUCCUCGCCUUUGUGAGUGCAAGUAUAGAUCAUACCUGGGAAGUCCUAGGGCAGCCUUCCCUUCACUCACCUGCCACGUCUUGAUGUUCUUUGGUUAUUGAAGGGGAGCUUGUUCCCAAAGAAAAGGUGGAAUAAGAGACUCAGGGGUGCCCUCGUGUUUAGCAAGUGCUGCUGAAGAUGGCACCCUGUUACAUGUGUCUAGAAAAGAGUGGCACUAGAUUAUGUACCUUCAAUACUCCCUUCAGAAGGUGUUACUUUCGUAGGCUUCCUUUUAAACUGUGUUCUGCAUCUGAAGUAUUUCACAGAAAGGUGCAACAAUUUUUUUUGAAGGUCUUGAUGGAACUAUGGUUUAUAUUGACAAUGUAUUCAUUUGGGGACCUACUAUGGAAGAACAUGACCUGAGGCCAAGAAAGGCACUAGAGAGAGCUCACAGAGCAGGUUUGAAACUGAACAAACUAAAAUGCAAAUGCAGGGUUGAAGAAAUAACUUAUAUGAGAGAGAAGCUCUCUGAGAAAAAGGUGCAAAUUGAUUCUGCAAGGGUUUAAAGCCAUUACUAACAUGCCAGUCCUUACAGAUAAGGAAGUAGUGCAAAGCAGGUGAAACAUUUUAGAUCACUCCUACAAAAGAAUGUUCAGUGGUUAGGGGAACAUGAGCAUGAAGCUGAAUUUAAAAACGUGAAGGAAAAAAUAAUGCAAGCUGUGGUACUAAAAUACUAUGACCUUAAAAGACCCAUUAAAUUAUCAACAGAUGCUUCUAAAGAAGGCAUUGAAGCAGCUUUGCUUCAGAAACAUGGGGAUAGCUGGAGAACAGUAGUAUAUGUAUCUAGGGCACUCUCGAAGUCACAGUGUCUAUAUGCACAAAUUGAGAGAGAGAGUUUAGCUCUGGUAUGGCUGUAAGAAAUUUUAUAUAUUCAUCUAUGGGAACUCUGUGAUGCUGAAACUGAUCAUAAACCUUUGGUAACUGUAGCAAAGAAAGGGUUAUCAGACAUGCCACCCAGAUUACAGAGACUUUUUUUUUUUUUCUUUCAUCUACAAAUGUAUGAUGUAGACAUACAGUAUAUACCAGGAAAACAUCUACCAUAUUUCACAGUGUAUAAGUCGAGGUUUAAAGCCAAAAUAUUUUCCUUUUUAAAUUUUCCACCUUGACUUAUACACCAUAUCAGUACUUUACCCCC